AUGCCUUCGCCGCUUACAAUGCUGAGUAUAGGCUUCGUCCUUUGUAGCGGCGUAUUUGCCAUCGAUCCCAGACAAGCGACGCCGACAUCCAGCGACAUUUGCUCCGUGACGGCAUACGCUGCCGUCCCGGCAGCCACAGCGUCAUGCACAUCCAUCACGCUGGAAAGUAUCAACGUACCGGGCGAUGAGACUCUCGACCUUUCUAAGCUGAAAACCGGUACUACAGUCACCUUCGCAGGCACCACAACCUUCGACUUCUUCGAGGGAGAUUACAACCUGAUCGAAGUCGGCGGCACCAACAUCACCAUCACCGCCAACCCAGACGCCGUCAUCGACGGUAACGGCCAAGCAUGGUGGGACGGCCAAGGCAGUAAUGGCGGCAUCGCCAAGCCUGACCACUUCUUCGUCGUCUCAAAAGCGCUCGGCAACAGCGUCAUCAAGGAUCUGUACAUCCAGAACUAUCCUGUGCAUUGCUUCUCGAUCUCUGGUAGCGCCGGGCUGGUCAUGGAGAACAUCGUGCUCAACAACACCGCUGGUAAUGCUCCGAACAACCGCUCGGCUGGUUUGCCUGCGGCACAUAAUACCGAUGGCUUUGAUAUCUCGUCUUCUAAUGACACGGUACUCAGGGGCAGUACGGUGGUGAAUCAGGAUGACUGCGUCGCCGUCACCAGCGGAGACCACAUCACAGUAUCCGAGAUGCUCUGCAAUGGCGGCCACGGCCUCAGCAUCGGCUCUGUCGGCGGCAAGAGCGACAACAACGUGACCAACAUUCUGUUUGAAGACUCGCAGAUCCUGAACAGUCAAAAUGGAGCGAGGAUCAAGACGAACUCAGACACUACUGGCUUCAUCGCAAAUAUCACGUACCGAAACAUCCAGGUCCAGAACAUCUCGAUCUACGGCAUCGAUAUCCAGCAAGACUACCUCAACGGUGGACCCACCGGUGAGCCGACGAACGGCGUCGUUAUCCAGAAUGUCACAAUGACGAACAUUACUGGUACUGCGGAGAGUGAUGCGAAGGACUACUACAUCCUCUGUGGUGAGGAGAGCUGCUCGGACUUCACGUUCGACGAUAUUGGCAUUGUGGGUGGCACGAAUAGUAGUUGUAAUGUGCUACCUGAGGGAGACUUUAGUUGCUCGCCGUAG